AUGGAAAGGGGUCCGAAAAUGGACAACCAGAAGGCCAAGGGGGAUGAGGAGAGGCCCUUCCGCGUCUACGCCGAUGGCAUCUACGAUCUAUUCCACUUCGGUCACGCUAGAUCUCUCGAGCAAGCGAAGAAGCUGUAAACCCUCGUGAUCCAGACCUCUGUAAAAUUUCGAAUUUCGUCCUUCUUUAAUGCGGGCUUUUCUCAUCCGUGGGUUCUGGUGCUCCCUGGAUCUCGUCUAAUGUAGCCUUUGGACGGGUGAUCGGUCUCAGGGUCAAUCACUUUUUUCUCUUGAACGAUCGUCACCUUUUCCCCUCACGAUGACCAUUUGAUUUCGUAUUCCUGUACUUCAAAUUGUUCAUAAUGUUGCCUUUGAAUUCCCCAUUUACUUAUCGUUUAUAUGUGGAUAUUAAUCUACUCCCUCGCCAUCGGUCUAUUUAUUGAUCGAUCUGUGCAUAAAUCACCGUCAGUUGAGUUUUCCCAUUACUCCCUAAACCUGUCCCCUCAGCACCCUUCCACUCUCUCCUUUUCCUCUUAUACACCACUGUUCUUCCGGUUUGCAUGUGAUUGCGGAUUCAAUCUAAACUUCUGUUCUAGAGAACAUAUCCCUCACAAGAUUAUUAACGUGAGAGAUUUUGGUAAAAUUCCUUGCAAUUAUGUUAUCGUACGCUAUCCAUUUUUAGCCUCCUGGUUGUUCUUUUCGCAUCUCGCUCUUUCAUUGGUCUGUAUUUUUAGCACUUUUCUUUUUGGGACGGGAUCAUAUUUCAUUGAUUGCGUUCAAUUAUAUCCCACGCGUAGAUAUUCAGUUGAUCAGUGCAUGCAUCUAAGAUGGCAGAUUAAUGCCUCAAACUUAGCGAUGCGAGAUGCAUAUCAUGCAUGUGACUGAUUUUGAGAGAAAUCAGCAAAUUUUCAAUUUAAAUGAAGGUUUACCGAUUAAAUAGAUAACCUCUUUGAGUUGUUACAGUGGGGUGGCAUUCGUAGUUAGGGUCGCAGAUGGGGGGUGCCUUGGUUUCAUAUCCGGACAUAGAUCAGAUGAAGCGUGGAAACUGCCUCUGACUUGAGUGGUUUCUCAUGAUGUGUUAAGGGUGGACUAGAAUUGAGGAUAAGGAGGUAGAGCUAGUGGGGACUAAGGGACAAGUAUAAUCAGCAGUAAAAGAUAUUUGAUAGAAAAUUAGAUGAGAGAUCCAGAAUGGGAUUGGAAAUGGUUAGACAUAUCUCUUCUUUCUUGUAUAAUUCAAAUUUCGGGAUGCCUUGUUCAUUAUUUCAUGAAAAGUUUCUUAUUUUUUCUUCCUUUGUUUUGGUUUUUCCUUUUUCAGCAACACAGGCUUUUCUUUUUUUUCUUCCUUUAUGGUUUGAACUUUCCAGAUCUACUGUGUGUGAUUUCUUUAUAUUAUUAUUUGUACUGCUGGUGGUUUGCAUGAUCUUGAGGUUCUAUACCUUGUAGAUACUGUUGUAUUUUUAAUAUUUAUCAUUAAUUAGCACCGAACAAUUGACACCACAGUACAAUCCAGGUGGCACCACAAUUUUACUUAGUGACUUUUAGUUGAUAUUAUUAUUUUUUUAAUUCAAUUUCUUUUAAGAGGUUUCAAGAGUUAAUGCUCUCGAUUGAUGUUAAGAGCUGAUAAAGCUGUUAUGAAUGUUUUUUAUCAUUGUACGAAGUUCUUAUAUAAAAGCCUAAUACGAUUUAAAUGUUGCCUGUGAGCGUUUAUCCGUUUGAAGUGAUUUAUUUAUGUUAUAGAAUAAUUAACAGUUCAUAAGUUUCAUUAUAUUUUGCAUCGGAUCUUGGAUAUCCAUAUCCCUAAUUAUUCUUUUGUACCUUGGAAAUUGUUUAGCUCCUAAUUGGUGUUUACGGAUACUGUUUCUUUGCUGUUGUCCUUGGGGAGACUCUUUUGCAAAUAAGUGACACAUGGAUGCAUUAAAUUUUAAAUGGAAAAUGGGAUUAAAAUUAUUUUCGUACUUCCCUGGAAGAUGGUGAUGACCAUGUUAACCGACUGUCAUUUGAGCCCAUAGAUUUUUGUAGCUGAUCUCAUAAAAAGCAGGUAAAAUUUUUGGGCAAAGACUCUUGGAGAUAUUGCUCCCAAUAGCUGAGGUCAGUGGUGAUUCAGGCAAAGGCUUGUGGCUCAGACAUUUUUUGUGUAAUCUUAACUAGAUAUUUUUUGGGUGAAAAAGUGUUCAUCCUAUAUUUUUCAUCUGAAUUUUUUAUGUACUUUUGGUGCAGGAGAAUGAAAAAUUCUUGUUACUGGAGCUUUUUACUUAUUAUAUUCACAUUCAAUUCUAGAAAUAACCUCUAUGAUAUUGCUGAAAAAUUCGAAAGGUUUUGGCUGAUGUACAUUGCUACUCAUUGUAAUUAUGGAUAUGCUACAUCAGCAUUUGUCAAUUUUCAGUAUCUGACACAUUUAAAUCAGGUUGUGUUUGCUCUGGUCAUUCUAAAGAGAAUAUAUUCUAUAAUUCUUAUGUUAAGAUGUCUAGCUGUUUUAUUUCGACAAAUAUCUAAGAGCUAAACAAAUGUAUGUUAUUUUUUAUUUUUUCUUCAAUUGAAAUUUAAUGCAUGCUGCCUAAUGAAAGAGAAAAUGCUUAGUUAUUCUAUGAUUAUGAAAUGUAGGUUUCCAAACACAUAUCUUCUUGUGGGCUGUUGCAAUGAUGAAGUCACACACAAGUAUAAAGGAAAGACCGUCAUGACUGAGGAUGAACGAUAUGAGUCCCUCCGCCAUUGCAAGUUCGUAUUCCAACAUUAAGUUAUGUCAUUAAUACAGUCUUUGAUAUAUUGCAAAUUUUAUUAUUGGGAGCCAUUUAUGAUUAUAUUCGUUUCCUUCCUUGAGAUGUAGUAACUGAACUGCACUAUUUGGGAGCAAGGCAGUAGUGUUCUGGAAAAAUGUUCUAUUUAAAAUUUCCAGAGUUAUUGUGCUUUUUGGUUAUGAAUUCUUAUGCUAAAAAUGUUGAUCACGGCAUGCACACGAUCUUGGCUCUGUUUGAGAUCCAUGAAAGAUCAAGAUAAAUUCUAUAAGAUUGGGAUGCAAGAGUGCCUGAUUACUGAGAAUUGUCUUUGAAUGAUGGUUUCAUCAGUAUUAACGCCUCAGGACUGCUCAGCAUCAUUGUUAUGCAUACUAGAACUAAGACAAGGAUUAGGUAUGCGUCUGUAAACUUUGAAGAACUACAGCAACGAUGAAGUAGGAUGUAAAUUGAAACUUUGUAAAUGACAAGAAUCUAAAGAAGAAGCACGUUCCUAGACCAAAAAUUUUCAAUUAUAUGGAUGCUGUAAGUUUAGGCGGUAGCCUAUGUCUCUUGAUGGUCGUGGUGUAUUGGUAAUCUCUCAUCAAAUGGCCCAAUAAGAUCCUGGGUUGGGCAUUCUUGGAAAUUAUAUAGCGUGAUUUUUUGAUUUUCAAUCUUUUGACAAAAAAGGUGAAAAAUCAUUUCUGUAAAGCAAAAGCAGUACGAUGCAUAUCAUGAAAUAAUGAAGGUUAAAAGUAGAACAUGAGAUCCUGGAUCAACAUUUCUGUUGAUCUAACCAGAUGUCACAUAAGUAUGAGAGGGGGAUUAACACAAGAUAUUCUUCCUGUUCUUGAUCCUUGCCAAUAGAUUCUAGCAGCUGACUAGUAUCAUUAGAUAUGAGUGCUUCUUUUGAUAACUUUCUGGAACCCAUUAAAGUUUUGUUGACAUAUUCUAAUGUUUCUCUCGCUCUCCCCAUAUAUAGCUCAUGAUGCUCCAUGUAGAAGUGCCUUCCACAUAUUGAUGUUUUGGGCAAGAGAUAUUUCGCCGCUGUGUUAAUUGUUAAAACCCGUAUACUGACCCCACCCAAAAGAACAUACACUUUAAACCUGCUGUAAAUCUCUGAACUCUAUCAAAAUAGGUAGUCUUUUAUUUACUAGCUGUAUCAAGGAAAAAUAUUCUACGGGACACUAUUCUUCUGCACUAAGCUUGUCUUCCAAAUUGUGUGACUUCUAUGUAACUAGUUUUCACACAGUUUUUCAGAUAUUUUGCAUAGUUUUCUUUAUAUGGAUACUUAAUACGGCUGGUUGCUUGAGCCUCAUAUUUUCUUAAAUACGUUAUUUUAUAUCCUCGAAGUGUGCAGGGUUCCAAUAUGAUCUAAAAUUCAAGAUACCUUAGAAGAAUCACAAACUUUCCCCGAUCUGAAAGAAGUUCUUUCAGCGUUAUUUAAUAACUAGAAAGCAACCUGUUCUAGGGUAUAGGCUUGUAAGUAUAGUUAAUAUGAAGAAAAUCUGAAAUCUCUUUAUUACAGCCUGUUUGGUGUGUACUGCUUAUCAUCGUCCAAUUUUAUGUGAUUUAAUGUUUCCUUAUAAUUUGGAAGAUCUUCUUCCUGUUUUUGUCAAAAAAAAAUAAAUCUGAUUUUCAUUCUUUUGCCGAGCAUUAAAAUUUAUUUUUGUAUAUACCAUAGGUUGGACGAGGUUGUUUCCUGAAAAUUAUGUAUAGUGCUUGGUAAUCAUAAUGUCGUUAUAUAGUUGCAUUUCAAUUCUCUGUGUGACCACUUCAAGAAAUUAUCUGAACUUACGGUUUUAUAUCUCUAUAAAACUUGCAAACUGCAUUUCAUUUGAGUGCAUCGAUUCUUUCACAGAUGGGUUGAUGAAGUCAUUCCUGAUGCUCCCUGGGUGAUCACGCAAGAGUUCCUUGAUAAGCAUAAAAUUGACUAUGUCGCACAUGACUCUCUUCCGUAAGGUCAACCAACCCAUAUUCAUUAGCAACAUUGUUAUGCUCUAGUAUAUUUCAGAUUGACUAUCAUCCUUUGCAAGCUUUCCUAUCUUGUUUGAGAACUGAACAUAUGUGGUUGUUUAUUAACAUCCAAUGAAUAUCCAGAAUUCAAGGCAGAAAAAGAAAAAUAAAGCUGUAGGAUGCAAUCUUAUCAUUCACAUAUUCAUUUGGAUGAUCUAUCAUUGCUCCUACCAUUGGUUCUUUCUCCAUCUCCAAGCAGAUUUUCAAUGGUUACUAACAAUAGAUGGAUAUCCAGAAUUUUACGCAUAAAGAAACACAGCGAAUUUGUAGGGUGUAAUGUUAUAUUUUGCACAGUCAAAGUUUUCCUUGAUGAAGACUGUUUUGUUUCGUCUCACCAUUCGUCUUUUUCUCCAUGCCGAAUUUAUGUAGAUAUGCUGAUGCAAGUGGAGCUGGAAAUGAUGUUUAUGAGUUCGUAAGUUGUCUACAUAUCUUUCAGAUUACAUCCCUCAUUCAUUGUAAUCAUUUGCACGAGUCUCCCCUUCCAGGUCAAGGCUGCCGGAAAGUUUAAAGAAACAAAACGCACAGAAGGAAUAUCUACGUCUGAUCUUAUAAUGAGGAUGCUUAAAGAUUAUAAUCAGUAUGUGAUGCGCAACCUAGCACGCGGGUACACACGGAAGGAUCUUGGAGUUAGCUACGUGAAGGUAUGCUCAUGUACACCAUCUGCAUUUUAUUUUUUUAAUGUCGGAUUUUAUUUUAUUCAUCUUCUUUUUGAUAAAUAAUGGAGAAUGUUUCAUCAUUGAGAUGAUCGAUUAUUGGCUACUUUGAAUUCUUACAUCAGGAAAAGCGUCUGAGAGUGAACAUGGAAAUACAGAAACUGCGUGAUAAGGUGAAGGAGCAUCAAGACAGAGUGGGAGAAAAGGUAACCUUCAUGUCUAACCAUGGCUUUUAUAAUGAAUAGAAUUACAAUUUGUGCGAUUCAAUUUGCUUUUCAGAUGGGAAUCAUAGAUUUUUAGGUCAAUGAUUUAAUUUGUGUAUAUUCAGCUGAAGGGAAUGGAAGAAGGAUUGGCCAAGAACAAUGACGCUCUUUGCUUUUGGUUGAUGUAUCACAUGAUUUUUCGCCGAUUUCAAUAUUAGAAAACAUCAAGAUCAAUGCCAUCUGGAGUACAAGACAGCGGAGGCAUAUAGAUUUGCAAGCAAAAGGCGACAUUAGUAACUGUAGCGCUGCAAUUUGGUUUUUGUUGGGAGAUUUCUCCAACCCUGGUUGGGUCUAAGCUCUACUAAAAGCUAUGACACUACAGGAGAAAGUUUUGGCUUGAUGUAUCCUGAUUAACUUUUCUAAGCGUUCUGCUCGAUCACUUUUUUGAUGGGAAGAUCUCAUGGAUAUGCUGAAAUUUACAAAGAAAAUAAGUCCAUUAGUACCAGAAAACCAAGCCUUUCCAGGGGCACUCUGAUUAACCUUAUAUCAUGGCCUUUGUAACCUUGGCAUGGCUUAACAGUAAGAGAACCUUGCUUCUGUUUUGCAGAAAGAGGUGCAAAAUACCUCUCCCCACUCAGGCUUUUGUUCAUGAUCUGCCUCUGCUAGUGUUUUAUUGGUUUACAGAAGAAAUGGUUGAGUAUAAGAUUAAAAAAAAAGGCCCAAGGACAAGCUGUAACCCAGGGCUUUAAACCUAUAAAAGAAGAAACUUUUGAUAAGUUCGGGGCUGUGUGGAAAUAUUGAGAGGGUCAAACUUUUGCCCAUAUUUGGAUAUUAGCUGGGAGGGGCGUUAUUUCUCUGCACCUCUUCCAGCACAUUUUGUUUGUUUUCUUCAUAACAUGGUGGCUGAACUUGUUUAUUUUAGCCUCCUUUCUCUUUCUCUUUUCCAGCACAUUUUGUUCUUGAUAACACCUAUAUUUUGCUCUAGUCAUCUGUUUUUCUAUUCCUGGUGAAUUUCUCUUCUGGUCUUGGUGUACUUCGCGCUGGGGGCAUCAACAGGCUGAGCCAGGCCUGGGCCUUGCACAGCCUAGAUUUCCCUUGGGCAUGGUAGAAAGCCUGCUGACCCAACAAUGGGUGUGCAGUUGGUGGUAGGGGGUGGAGGGAUGCGGUCACUCUCCUCCAUCCAUUCCAAAUAUCAUCUGUUUUAACAUGAUUUUCCCCUCUUACUGUCCAACUGGAUGUAAAUACGUUUACCUUGGGUCAAAAUUGCGUCUUGUAGCUAACACUGACUAUGUUAUCUGCUGCAGUUGUCUACUGUCAAGAAGACGGCUGGUGUGCUGCAUGAUGCAUGGGUGGACAAUGCGGAUCGAUGGGUUGCUGGCUUCCUUGAAAAGUUUGAGGAAAGCUGCCAUAUCAUGGUCAGUAACAAACUCGAAAUAUACCUUGUUAGUUCACUUUUUCUUCCCCUCUUCCGUCAUGUGGUUCAUAUGAUAUCUUGGUAUCUGGCAUUAGGGGACUGCCAUCAAGAAUCAUAUACAGGAGGGCAUAAGAAAGCAGAGAGGGCUCAGCUUGCUACAGUACGAUGAUGAGGAUGACCAGGAUGAUGAAUACGAGGACGUGGAUGAAGGGUGA